AUGAGCGAUCUUGAGCAGAAAGCCCCUCGGAGAAGGGUAUCGUUGAGGCAGAUUAGUGCUAGAGAGAGAGCACCCGAGGAUCCUAGGUUGGACCGGAUCCUGCAAGCUUUGGAGACCUUGGUCGGGCAGCAGGCUCAGAAUCAAGCCGCUGCUGAUGCUGUCCCUGUUGAUAUUCCAUUGGCUGGAAAUGGAAAUGGGAAUCCACCCAUGCACAAGUUAGUGGAUCAAUUUUUGAAGCUCAAGCCGCCCAAGUUCACUGGUACGGGUGAUCUUGAGGCUACAACCCUCUGGAUCGGGGAGUUGGAAAAGGCUUUUGCCUUACUGAGAUGUUCGGACGAAGAUAAGGUGACACUGGCAGUCUAUCAGUUGCAAGGUAAUGCCAGCACAUGGUGGGAAGCUUUCUAUAAUAAGUAUUUCUUAGACUACGCUGGGAAACAGAAGAUGAACGAGUUUGAGCGUCUCCGGCAGAACCAAUUGUCGGUAGACCAGUACGAGGCUAAGUUUGUUGAAUUGUCCAAAUAUGCGUUGAGAUUGGUUGAAGAUCCAGUUGAUAAGACAAUGAGAUUUGGGAAUGGGCUGAAGCCCGAGAUUAAGGAUCAAUUGGUGCCCCUGAGUAUGAAGGAUUAUGAUGAGCUGUAUGAGAGGGCAUAG